UUGGCGACCUUCACCACCUGCUUUGCUCGCAGAGAACCUGCUGGUGUUGGUGCCUGGGCUGGCAGUCGGCGGGGGUGGCUGCCCGGCUCGACCAGCUCCGUCUGUGCGAGGCGGCGCGAUUAAGGAUGACUUCGUGCCGCUCUAGAUUUCCAUGGCUCCUCAAGUUGUCAGUCUUAAUCGCAGGACUUGGCAUUGUUUUAUUUACAUUCAGAAGUGUGCCCCUUCUCGCACAGUUCAAUAGCCUCAUACCAGGGCUCCCACGUCCUGCUCCAGCCAUCCAGAUGCUGAGGCUUCUGCCUGAGGAACGUCUCAGGAACCUCUUUACCUACAAUGGAAUCUGGCUGUUCCCGAAAAAUCAGUGCAAAUGUGAAGUCACCAAACCUCAGGGCUAUGACUUUCAGAGUGCCUAUGACCAGAGUGACCUCCCUGCGGUGAAUGCGAGGAGACAGGCUGAAUUUGAACACUUUCAGAGGAGAGAAGGGCUGCCCCGCCCACCACCCCUACUGGCUCAGCCCAACCUCCCCUUUGGGUACCCGGUCCACGGGGUGGAGGUGAUGCCCCUGCACACAGUUCCCAUCCCAGGUCUCCAGUUUGAAGGACCCGAAGCCCCCACCUACGAGGUCACCCUGACAGCUUCUCUGGGGACACUGAACACCCUCGCCGAUGUCCCAGACAGUGUGGUGCAGGGCAGAGGUCAAAAGCAGCUGAACAUUUCGACCAGUUCCCGGGAGCUUUUGAAUUUCAUCCUCCAGCACGUGACAUACACCAGCACCGUGUACCAGAACCACAGAGUGGAUGUGGUGAGUCUGGAGUCCAAGUCCUCAGUGGCCAAGUUUCCGGUGACCAUCCGCUAUCCUGUCAUACCCAAGUUAUACGACCCUGGACCAGAGAGGAAGCUCAGAGACCUGGUGACCAUCGCCACCAAAACUUUCCUCCGUCCGCAUAAGCUCAUGACCCUGCUCCAGAGCAUUCGUGAGUAUUACCCAGACUUGACGGUGAUCGUGGCUGACGACAGCAAAGAGCCCCUGAAAAUUAAUGACAACCACGUGGAGUAUUACACCAUGCCCUUUGGGAAGGGUUGGUUUGCUGGUAGGAACCUGGCCAUAUCUCAGGUCACCACCAAAUAUGUUCUCUGGGUGGACGAUGACUUUCUCUUCAACAGCAAGACCAAGAUUGAGGUGCUGGUGGAUGUCCUGGAGAAAACUGAACUGGACGUGGUAGGUGGCAGUGUGCUUGGAAACGUGUUCCAGUUUAAGUUGUUGCUGGAGCAGGGCGAGAAUGGGGACUGUCUUCACCGGAGGUCAGGAUUUUUCGGACCCGUGGAUGGCUUCCCCAGCUGCGUGGUGACCAGUGGCGUUGUCAACUUCUUUCUGGCCCACACAGAGCGACUCCAAAGAGUUGGCUUUGACCCCCGCUUACAACGAGUGGCUCAUGCAGAGUUCUUUAUUGAUGGGCUUGGGAGCCUGCUCGUGGGGUCAUGCCCACAGGUAAUAGUGGGUCACCAGUCACGUGCUCCAGCGGCGGACCAGGAGCUGGCCUCCCUGGAGAAGAUGUACAGCACAUACCGGGCCAACACCAAAGCCCAGGUCCAGUUCAAGCUGGCUCUCCACUACUUCAAGAACCAUCUCCAGUGCUCUACGUAAAGGUGCCCAGGCAUGGGGAAAGCACUGCACUGACAGGUUGUGGAACUGGUAGUUGGGCUAUCAAAAAAUGGACUCCUGAUAAGAGGAACGUUGCAAUGAACCAUCUAGUGGGUAGGGCAAAUGGGUUUAGUUUCUGAAAGUACCAAUCUAAGGCUCAGGGUUAUUAAAAAUAGACCAAUCACUGAUUGGGGCAAUGGAGACUGUGUCAUUAUCUGUAUGAUGGCUUCCCAUUUAUGAAGCAUUUGCAAAUACAGUAUUCACAUCAUCUCAUUUGAUUUCACACAAAAGGGCGUAUGAUGUGUUGGUAUCCUCAGUCAAAGGAGUGGCUGUUGGGUCCUUGAGGGGCUUUAGUGGAAAUGAUGUCACAGUCAGAAGCAUCAUCUCUGGCAUCACUGUCUUCCAUAAAUUUUUAUUUGCUCAUACUUUGUGGACUCAAAUAAUGUGACUAACCCAGGGUCCUUGCCUUGAGAAGGUUGCAGCCUGGUUCAGCUCAGUCCAUGAGCAGAACUGGGCAGCCAGAGUCAGAGGAUCAGAGGGGGGAGAAGGCAGCGGAGGAAGGUUCUGUGGAAUAGUCUCAUCUAGAGCCUGGAAGAUGGAUGGGAUUCAGGCAGCGGAGGGAGGGAGGAAGGAGAGCACUGGGGUAGUCCACUGUCUGCCAGAAAAAGAUUUCUCUGGCAUCAGACUUGCUACCACGAAGACGCAUUCCAGAGGGCCAGGGGUUGGACUUGGAGACCCUGUGCUACGGUGCCAUGAUACGCCAUUGAAUUCCAGAGACUUGAGACCAGUGACUGACCACGCAAGACCCAUGUCCUCUACAGAGGGGAGCCAUCACAGGUUGUCGAGGAAGGUCGUCUCUGUCAUCUUGGAAGGCAGUAGAUUCUACAGUUACUGCGCUAGCCUUUGUGGUUUCCACUCUUUCUUACCAAAGAUGGCCUGGGGUAGUUCAGGAUCUCUGAAAACGUGUGUGUGAGAUUUUAAUAAAACUUCAUGAAAAACA